CUUCGCCUCAGCAAGCGCCUUCCAUCCACGUCAGAUCGAAUCUUGAUAUCACCUUAGCAGCUGGCGCAACUGCUGUGACCUGACACAUAUUCUCUCCAUUUUGAACUUCUCAACUAGCUUUACUUGGGAUAUCAGUCAACACAAACACCUCCAAAAUGGCGUCGCAAACCAUCAACGUGCUCCUUUCAUCCUUCCCGGGACUUUCGCUUCCCUCCACCGUCACCUUCUCGCUGCCUUCAUCCUCGAGUCUUGCCGAUCUUGCAGACAAGAUCUCAUCAUACCUUCCUCCAUCUAUCCCCCUGCACUCCUUGAUCCUAACGACCACGAACAACAAACAACUCAUCCCCUCCGCCGGACCCCUCCUCCCUUAUCUCUCCAGCGCCAAUGGCGACGCCACCACCCCGACAACCCUGCUCCCUCUGCGCCUAAGCGUGCCCCUAUGCGGAGGCAAAGGAGGUUUCGGGUCGCAGCUGCGAGCCGCGGGAGGGCGGAUGUCGAGCAAGCGCAAGCGCAACCAGGGCGACGACAACGGGUCCAGCCGCAACCUCGACGGGCGGCGACUGCGCACGGUCAACGAAGCCAAGGCGCUGGCCGAGUACCUGGCACUCAAGCCCGAGAUGGACAAGAAGGAGAAAGAGGAGCGGCGCCGCCGGUGGCAGGCCGUGGUGGAGGCCGCGGAGAAGCGGCAGGAGGAGCUGAAGAACGGCGGCGGCAAGCAGAAGAUCGACGGCCAGUGGAUGGAGGACAAGGAGGAGAUGAACGAGAAGGCGAGGGAGGCCGUCCUCAUGGCCAUGAAGGACGGCCUGUGGACCGAUAACCUGCGCGAUACGAUCCUGGGCGGCUCGAGCACCAGUGCCAGUCCCAGUGAGGACAGUGGUCGGGAGACCCCGUCCACCAGCGACGACGAGGAGGAGGAGAGCGAUGAGGAGGCUGAAGUGGAGAUGGUUGAUGCGCCGGGUCCGUCGAACCCGACUCGCAGUGCGCCGAGACGGUAUAUUGGAUUUGAUGAGGAUGAUGAGUUUAUGAGUGACUCCGAGGACGAGGAGGAGGCUGAGGGGCCUGCUGGUGAUGUUAAGGGCAAGGGAAAGGCGAAAGUUUGAUGGAUAUAAUGCAUGGGUCUCAUGGUUUCUUAUGGCGUACGGUCUGAAUAAGGGAAAUGCGGUUCUAUUCCACUUUGAUUGCGGCUUAUGCUCUUUUUGCAUGGUUAUUCUAGUAUAGCUUUCACUUAGCAAUUAUUUUUUGUACCAAC